CAUGUGACUGCAUCGAAAUGGCUUCUGGGUUGAACCCUGUCCACUGAAAUCUACAAUAAACCCGCUGCCAUAACCCUCUUGAUGUCAUCCUUCGCCCUGCUCCGGGUCUCAGCUCGCACUGACCUGCCCGACAUUGCCGCGUUGAGCUACCCAUACUUAUCUGGAUAUAAACAUCCUGUGCAAUCACAUUUCCAAAUUACAUCACAUCUACAGGAUGACUGAAGAAGAGUUGGUGGAGUAUUUCAAAGCACAAAUGCUGAAAGACCCAGAUAUGGCCUCAGCAGUAGCUGCCAUUCGGACCCUGCUGGAGUUUCUUAAGCGUGAUCAAGGUGAAACCAUUUUGGGAUUAAGGGAGAGCCUGACAUCUGCUACAGACUGCCUGACAGGAGUGGACUCCUCCGUGGCUGUGUCAUCUGGAGGAGAGCUCUUUCUGCGCUUCAUAAGCCUUACAUCACUAGAGCACCAGGAUCUCUCAAGAUGUAAGAAAGUCAUGGAGGAGAGAGGGGAACUUUUUUUAGAGAAGAUCUCCAUGUCCAGAGCAAAGGUUGCUAAGCUCUGUCACACAUUCAUCAAAGAUGGUGCAAAAAUUCUCACUCACUCCUACUCAAGAGUGGUGCUUAGAGUAUUAGAGAAAGCUGUAGCUGAGAAGAAACGCUUCUCUGUGUAUGUCACUGAAUCGCAGCCUGAUGCAGCUGGACUACAGAUGGCAGAAGCACUAAGAAAGCUCAACGUUCCAGUUACCGUUGUUCUGGAUGCUGCAGUUGGAUAUGUACUCGAGAAGGUAGAUCUUGUCAUUGUUGGUGCAGAAGGUGUCGUUGAAAGUGGAGGAAUAAUCAACAAGAUUGGCACUUAUCAGACAGCAUUGUGUUCUAAAGCCCACAACAAGCCCUUCUAUGUUGUGGCAGAGAGUUUCAAAUUUGUUCGUCUUUAUCCACUGAAUCAGCAGGAUGUUCCGGAUAAAUUUAAGUACAAAGCAGAUACGCUCAAGUCUGUACGAAAUCUGUCUGAGGAGCAUCCAAUGAUUGACUACACCCCUCCUUCCCUCAUUACUCUUCUAUUCACCGACCUUGGAGUGCUUACGCCAUCUGCAGUCAGUGACGAACUAAUUAAGCUGUAUUUAUAACAAUGUCAUUGGUUUUUCAAAUAAAAUCAUACAAAUGUCUGCA